CGUUUCCGUUGCAUAUCGCUGCUGUGCUGGUGCGGUCGUAGACAGAGCGACUGAAUAUGAACAGUUAGCCCAAAUACCUGCUGCCGUUUACAAGCAAUGGCCAGCCCGCCUUUACAUACAGCUGGGUGAAUCCCCGCCGUGUCUUGGAGUUGCUAUGAGGGCGGGGGCCUCGUCCAUGUGGGCAGCAUGCUGUGGUCUGCUGAAUGAGGUGAUGGGUACUGGGGCCGUGAGAGGGCAGCAGCCAGGUUUCGGAGCCGGUGCAGGGCCUUUUCGUUUCGCUCCCACUGCAGGAUACUCCACAUACCCCCCCAACAACUCAACCAGCAAUAGCCUGGUCUGUCAGGCCUGUGGACAAGCAUUUUCUGUCUUUAGGAGGAGGCAAAUCUGUUGUGACUGUAAGAAGAGUUUCUGUUCGCUGUGUUCGGUACUUCAGGAAAACUUGCGCAGGUGCACAACUUGUCACCUGCUGAAGGGCACUGCAUUCCAGCGCCCUCAACUCAUGCGUCUGCGUGUUAAAGAUUUGCGGCAAUACCUUACUCUACGCAACAUUAACACUGACACCUGCAGGGAGAAGGAGGACCUUGUGGACUUGGUGCUUUGCCAUCAAGGUGCAGAGAGUGAGGAUGAACCAGACACGCCUUCCCUGCAGUCACGGCCCCUUUAUAGCCUGUCCCCUUCAAUUGAAGAACCCAAUUCCCCUGUCUCAAUUCUCUCCCCAACUCAAGGAGAACCAAUCAGUAGGAGCAACAGCUUGGAAUCCACCAAUCAGAAGAAAAAAGUCAAAUACAUCUGGGAUGACAUGAGGGAUAUUGGAGACUCCUCUUCUGUCUCGCUCCUUAACCUUGACCAGACCGAACACACGCCAGAGGUGAGCCCUCGGACGCGGCAGCGGGCUCGAGCUUCUCUGUCAGACCUGUCCAGCCUUAAUGAUGUUGAGCAGCUGACUGUACGGCAGCUGAAGGAGAUCCUGGCAAGGAACUUUGUGAGCUUCUCGGGUUGCUGUGAGAAGUGGGAACUGGUGGAGCGUGUCAGGAGGCUUUACAGGGAGAGCGAGGAGAAUCGCAAGUCUAUGGAGAAUGUGAGCAACCCCAUCACUGCAGUGGUAGCUUAUCCCCCUCCAAUCUGCAAUGGUGGAAUUGGAGAUACUUGCCGUACCCAGUUAUCAAACGAUGACAACUUGUGUCGCAUCUGUAUGGAUGCGGUCAUUGACUGUGUGCUGCUGGAGUGUGGUCACAUGGUCACCUGCACUAAAUGUGGGAAAUGCAUGAGUGAAUGCCCUAUAUGCAGACAAUACGUUAUCAGGGCCGUGCACGUUUUCAAAUCCUAGUACUGCUGAGAGAACCAUCUUUAGCCUGAUAAAAAUUCUUCAGCAAUGCGCUCCACUUGCUGACUGUUUUGCAUUAGGGAUUCGGUGCAGACGCACCCAGGAUGGGCCUAUGUCCUUACAUCUGAUCAAUGAAUGAAGAUAAAGUUCACUGCUUAAAUUUUUAUGAGGUCAAGGAGCCUCAAGGAACACAUGGUCCACAGUGGCUUUUUUAGUGCAACAGUGCUUCAAUAAUCAAAUAAAAUAAAAACAUUCCACAAGGACUUCAGAGGCUCUGUUAAAAUAUGCAAUUGUUCAGCAACAACACCUCACAGCCUUGACUUGAUGUCCUACAGAUUUGUAGACUUUCUUCAGCUUUAUUUUCUCACCUGUCACAUGCAAUCAGCUUUUUUUUUUCUCACCCGUCACAUGCAAACACUGUGAGAAAAAGAAUGGAAAACAAGCAUUACUCAAGUGUGUUUGUAUGUCACAUACAUCGACAAUACACCAUAACUCAGGAUGGAAGGAUCUGAAUGUUUCUUUUUGCUCUUCUUUUGUCACAGCAUUUGUGAAUGCGCUUUUUGUUUCUUGUUUGGAUUAUGAGGCUCAUGACGCCUGGAUUUUGAGUUGCUGUGAGUUCCAUUGUGAUUCCUGAUAACUGGACACUGGGACCAUUCAAAACAAAACAAAAGUGGCAUAAUUCACUAAAACGCAUUCUUAGUACACUGCAGGUCAUUUUCCUUUCUUUUCAGCAAACUUUUGUGUUUUAUGUUACUUCCCUGCUUUGUCAAAGAUCUGAACUGACACUGGCUGGUUUCUCAGACCUUACUGUUCUGAGUGGCUUUGUGCUAGUGUCAACAGUUCAGCAAUCUGUUGCCAAGUUGUGUAAGUGGUGGGAAAAAAACUGAUGACUCUGAUGCCAGGCCCAAAACCAGCCCGUCUCACCAGACCCCAGCAAAAUUUAUGAAUGCUUGUAUUUCAUGAGUGACUCCAAUACCUUAUUAGUGACAUCUCUGUUAAUGAUGGAAGCAUGUCACGUUCCUUAUUCUCAAGACAAAAUCACAUUUGCAUGCCCUAAAGAAUUUGGUGUUGUGUGCAUUCAUUGUGUACAUGGCUCUGCGGGGUAACCCAUGAUGAAAGUGUCUAAAUUUUCUGAAAACAUACAGAAUUUAUAGUAAUGAAAAAAUAAGUUUGACUCGUUCCUCUUUUUCUUAAAAAAAAAAAAAAAAAUCUUGGUUACAGAGUGGCACUUACAAUGGAAGUGAAUGGGGAGGCUUUUUAAGGCAGAAAUGUGAAGCUUAUAAUUUUUAGAAAAUAACUUACAUUAAUAGUUCUGUUAAAACUUGUGUAUUAUUUGAGCUGUAAAAUUGUUUAAAUUGUUUUUACGUUCGUUUUAGGUUUUACGUCGUUACGUAAUCAGGGCAGCGAAGUUGUAAAAUUGGAUCUCAUGACAUUUACUCGCCCUCAUGCCAUCCCAGAUGUGUAUGACUUUCUUUCUUCUGCUGAACACAAAGAUUUUAAUAAGAAUAUCUCAGCUCUGUUGGUCCAUACAGUGCAAGUGAAUGGUGACCAGAACUUCGAAGCUCCAAAAAUCACAUUAUGUUUACUGAUUGGCCCUAUUCACUUCCAUUGUAAGUGCCUCACUGUGAUCCAGAUUUUUAUAUAUAUAUAUAUAUAUAUAUAUAUAUAUAUAUAUAUAUAUAAAAAUUUUUUUUUUUUUCAAAGAAAAAGAGGGACAAGCCAAUAUAUAUUUUGUGGUAAUCAACAUAGUGCCACAAAUGCUGUUGAUUAAGCCUAACUUGUAUUGAACCUGGAAUAUACUUUUAAGCAUAUUGUACAGGCAGAAUGAAACUACUUUGUAAUCCUUUCAAAGUAAAUGUCAUUGUUAGCAUUUUACAGUAAGGUUGUGUUUGUGAAUAUUAGUUAACGCAAUAGUUAACAUGAACUAAUUGAAUUAAUAAAAUUGAAUUAAUCUUCGUCAAUGUACAUUUUAACGUACAAUUUUUGACAAUAAAUGUCGUAUACAUUUUAGUUACUGCAAUAUGAACUAACAUGAACAAUGGUAUUUUUAUAACUUAACCAAAAUUAAUAAAUGCUGUAAAUAAAUCAUUGUUUAUUGUCAGUUCAUGAUACCUAAUGCAUUAAUGUUAACAAAUACAGCCUUAUUGUAAAGUAAUACCAUAUCAUUUAUGUACAUUUAAUGAAAAUCAAUUGAAAACUAUAACCUAAUGAAAAUUAUGGACUUUGGAAAUUGUAAGAGGGAUCAUUUAGGUGCCAAAUAAGGUGCAUUUAUGUGUCUCUAAUCUGUGCUGCAAUUUUACCCCAUUGGUGUUAGUGUUUGAAUGAAUAUGUAUAGAUUCGGAUGACCUGUUUUAGUAUUUGCGUUCAUUGAACUUAAGGAAAAAAUACAACUUUAAGUAAUGCCACGCAAGAGUGAUGCUCCAUACAAACGGCCCACCCAUCUUUCCUGUAUGCUGACAACUUGAUAACAUCAGUUCAAGCUACUAGCUGAAGUGUCAAUGCAUAUUGCUGACAAGAAGCGGCCAAACAAGACAGUAAUGCUUUCUCACUCAAACACCAUCUUUUUCUGUGGUAUUCUUACUUAGGAUUAUAAGAGAUUUAUAUAACAUUUUGGUGUAUAUUACAUCCUUGUUUAACCUUUUUCUGUCUGACAUAUCAUGUGUACAUGCCUAUUCCGAUAAGUUUAUUUUUCUUAACAAAAAAUUAACUUGAUAUUUGUUUCUUUUGGUCAGUUGCCUAAUAUAGAAUUAAAUAAGAUAAAGCAUUAUGUUGUUAUCUUUGUGGUACUUAAAUAAAAGAGCUAAGAACACCUUUUCA